GUUCUCUCAUGUUUAGACCUGACACAGCAAGACAGCAGCCAUUCCUGAGCUAAACAAACGGCGUUAUAGAUGGCAUACUCCACCAAAACUCUUGCUGCUGGCUCGUUUGGGAAGGUAUACAAGGAGAAAUACAAUGACAACUGGGCUGCAAUCAAGAAGGUGCCACAACACUUAAUCAAUAGGAGAGACCUGGAGAGAGAGUGUCAAGUAUACAAUAAAGCGAUUCAUCCUAACAUAGUGAAGCUUCUGGGUAAUCCAACACUCAAGGACUCUAAGUGGAUCAUCCCCAUGGAGUUCAUCUUUGGAGAGGAACUGGAGACAACCAUCUUCAAAUCACAAAAAUCUAAAAUACAGUUAACUCCAUCUAUAAAGGCCACCAUCAUCACAGGCAUGUGUGAAGGACUGCUUCACCUACACAGCAAAGAUAUCGUCCAUCAAGACCUCAAGCCUGAGAACAUCAUGGUAGAGCAUGACACUCACAGAGCUGUGAUCAUUGAUAUGGGACUGGCCAAAUUCUUCCGCAAUGGCCUAAAUUCUGCCGUGGAUAUGGGCAACGAGGCCUACUCUCCACCUGAGGUCCUGCAGAGGCGGGGCCACCGAGACCAGCGUUCGGACGUGUGGGCUAUGGGUAAAAUCAUUGCUGAACUCUGUGCCAGAGUCAGGCUGCACACCCCCAGUGUCUGUCCGGCUAAGAUCCAUGAAAUCCUCAGUCUCCAAGGACAGCAGUACUGUAACGCUGUCUGUAGGAUGGUGCAGAGUGACCCCACAGUGCGAGCCACCAUGGCCGGGAUCAUGCCAGAUAUACGAAAGGCAGUGGGAGGUGGCAACACCGAGGAACAACAAAGAGGACAUCUUCCGACACCCUUUCCUUACACUGAGAUAAAAGUCACAUCGCCACGUCCUCAAGCUCCUGUACAGCAAUCACUCCCUCUAUCAAGAGCUGAGUGCGCAGCCUCACCAAGGCCUGAGGUCAAGACGCUAGUGCGAGCUCCUGUGCGAGCACCUUCUCCAUCGAUAUGGGAGCGUGCAGCCUUGCCAAAGACUGAGGUCAAGACUGAGGUCAAGACAACACUGCAACCACAACCCAUACAGCGUUCACCUUCCCCGUCAAGGUGGGAGCGUGCAGCCUUGCCAAAGACUGAGGUCAAGGCGACACUGCAACCACAACCCGUACAGCGUUCACCUUCCCCAUCAAGGUGGGAGCGUGCAGCCUUGCCAAAGACUGAGGUCAAGGCGACACUGCAACCACAACCCGUACAGCGUUCACCUUCCCCGUCAAGGUGGGAGCGUGCAGCCUUGCCAAAGACUGAGGUCAAGGCGACACUGCAACCACAACCCGUACAGCGUUCAUCUUCCCCGUCAAGAUGGGAGCGUGCAGCCUCUCCAAAUCCUGAAGUCAAGAACUCAUCAUCUCCCCUUCCAAAGGUAGACCAGGGUAAUGCACUGGUUCCAUCAGGCAUGGUUCAACCCAGUCAAGAUAUCAUGAAACAGCUUCUCUACGAAGAGGCCUUGAAGGGUCUCCCAUGCCCACUCCCAACAACGGGCAAGGUGCGAAUCCGCCGUUAUGAGCAAAGGAAUGGGGAAGUGGAGUCUUGGGAGCAAAAGGAGGUGGAGACUGAAGGAGGGAGGAUAGUCAAGUUUGAGGAUGUGAUGUUUAACAACAAGUCAUAAGUAGGUUAUUGAGAGGUUGUGAAAUAGUUGCGAGUUGAUUUGACUCUGCUUCUGAAAUAGUUGGGAGUUGAUUUGACUCUGGUCACUCCCCUUAUAGCCUUCAUUGUAAAAGUCUGACAUUUUUAUGGAGAAGGGGAAGAGUAUAUUUGGGAGAUGGGACAAACUAAUGUAAGAAUUCUAACAUCCAGUGAAACUAUACCAGAUGUACUGUGCCUAAAAACAAAGUGGCACAAUAUCCCACAACUUGAGACCCCCCCCCCCCCCCCCC